AUGGCGGGCGAACGUCAAAAUGAACGUGAGGCAACUUUUCAAUUUAUCGAAGAGGUUCACAAUUGUCUGGCUGUGUGGAACGUCUCAUCUGCAACCGUCAAAGAUACUAAAGACAAACUAAGGAAAAUGGAAGCAAUUGCUGCAGGAACUAUUAUCGAAGGUGCCGAGCUUACAAUCGACCUGCUGAAAGAACUCCUAAAUGCCCUUGCUAACGUAGACCGCAAAUGCGCCGUUGGCGUUGAGAACAAAAGUGAAUUUAGCUGGCAAGAAGGGUAUGCCGUACUUUACGGGCCUCGCAAAACCCAUGGACCAGUCGCAACGGGAGUUGUCGGAGUCCUGGCCUACUACAUUCCAAGCACCGACCAAACACUUGCUGUGAUGUUCUCCGUCCCGUUGUGCUAUAACUGGUACGAAAACUGGCGGAAUGCUAAGCUGUACCCUGGAAACAAAAGGGCUAACUAUGAUCAGUAG